AUGAAUGAAGCACAAGAAGUUAUGGUAAACAUGGAUGAAGUAGAAGCAGAGCUACAAAGCGAAAGGCGAAAAAACGCCGAGCUUUUGCAAAGGAUAUCAGCUCUAGAAGCUCAAAUACAACAUGAAAGAGAUAAGAGCUCUUCUACUUCCCUCAUGAAAAUUAAUGUUCAAAUUAGUAAUCCAAAUAGUACUGAAGAUAGCAUGAAACAUAAGAGACAAAAGAUAGAAAAAAGUGCUGAAAAACUUGAUAUAAAUGACAACAAUCUAAGAUCUCCAAAAGAUUUGAAACAUGAGAAGGGUGUUUUAAGUUGGAUGUGUAUGGAUAAUGAGACACAAUCUUUGCUUUUCGACAAAUCUAAAGAUGUCGAAUCUAUGUUGGAAUGUAAAGGUCAUACAGAUGAUAGUGAUGAUAAUGAAGAUGAAUUGUGCACUUAUGAAGAUGCACAAGAUAAUGUGAAAAUUGUAGAUGAAGAAGGUGUAGGCCAAGCCAUUGGUAAAGGAAUAACGUGUAUGAACUCCAAAGAGAUAAGUGCGCGAAAUAGACUAAAUGAGAUAGAUGUUUCGAGUAUGAGUCAAAAAUUGGAACAAGAUUGGGAAGAAGUGAAGAAAAGUAAAGGAUUUAGAAACUUGUCUUUACAAAAGAAGCCUCCUAAAGUUGGUUUUUGCCCCAAAGAAGUAAGGGGAAUAUUGGAGUCUUGUGUGCUUGAUAUGAAGAAUGCUCAGGCUCAUACCAUGAGGAAGAUCAUAGAUCAUGUUUUAUUCGAAAAUCCUGGAGUGAGGAGGAAGGUGUUUUACCCCAAUCGCCACAACCAAGUGUUAUGUCCUGUUCGGAUACUAGAGGAGGAACAAGCUAUGCGCCCAUGUGAUGUUACAUGUCCAUCAUGCUUGUUUCUGAGCAUCAAAUAUGGUGGGAGUACAAGAAACAUUCCGCAAAAUGAAUAUGUAAGGCAACGAAUGGGACGAAACAAGCUGAAGUCAUUUGGUCCACUCAUCUGCCUUAUGGCGAGGCUAGUCAAUGUUAGAACGGGGAGUUUCUUAUUCAAGGCACUUGGUAUCACACUGCUCUUUAUGGCAGGUUUUCCUGAUGACAUUGUUCAGAGGGAAACUAAGUACAGAAGCUUAGACCUGUUGCAGAAGUACUACAGAACAGAUGAAGAUGCAGCAGGGGAGGAGCUUUUCCUUGCAAAAUCUUCAGCUUCUAAACUUGCUAGUCCUGAAUUUGAGAAGAUUAAUACAAAGACAACAAAAAGAUCAAAAGAAAAGCAGCAGCAAACUGCAAGUUCUGCAAGGAAUGGAAACUCACAAAGGCCUUCACAAGCAACAUGCACAAUACCUCAUGUCAAGCCUAAAGCAGCAUUUCAGACUAUGCCAUCAUCAAAUCAUACAAUCUUCAACUCCCUGCAACCUAAUAUAUUUUACAAUCAACAUCCUUUAUGUCCGAACGGUCCGAUGUUGUUCCCACCUCGGCCAGCUAAUGGAAUGCCACCUUUGAUGUAUUGGCCUGUGGUUCAGAAUGCAUAUCCUACUUGCCCUCACCCGGCUUCAACUUAUGAAUGUCGGUCUUUAGAUGGAAUUUAUCGGAGCCAUUACAUGCCAGUCCAUCCAUGGCCUUGUUAUAGCCAAGGACUAAGAACACGCGUUGAUGUUGAUUCAAACGAAGCUGUCAUUACAGAGUCUGCUAGCAGUACUGAGCAUAAGUAAACUCUAGUCAGGUUGCAUUGUGCAAAGACUUUUCUAUGUUGCCGCCUUUACCCACCAUUGUCCACUGAUAUAAUGCAUUUGCACCCUUUUUUUUUCUUUUUUAUUGGAGGAACAGAAAAGAAAAAGAAAAUUUUAUUUCUUGAUAUUAUAAAAUAAAUAAAAUUUGGCUC